UACUUCUCCAGUUGCACACAGUGAGCAGCAUCGCACGGCGUCCCACAGCGCACUGCGCGGCGGAGAUGCCUCGGGCUGCGCGGCGGAGAUGCCUCGCAUGGAUGUGCGUCGGCUUGCUGGCUGAACGUCCGGUGAUGGUGGGAUCCUUUUGGCAAGAAGUGAGAGAGGGGCAUUGGCCGUUUACGGCUCCAGAACUGAAAGACCCUUUGAGGUUCAUAGGUUUGGCUCGGAAAUGGGAGCAUUCAAGCUCUCCACUUUGGCAGAAGAUAAGAAAGCUUAUAGAUCCCCGGCUGGUGAAUUUGCCCGGCGCCAAGAUGAAACUGGCAGGAUCCUACUUGGAAGGCACUGCUGUUCAAGGCUCUGACAUGGAUGUUUGGAUUUACACAGAUGAAGAAGUAAGCACCGCCGACAGAAGUGAGCUGGCACAACAACUGUGCAAUAAUAUAAGUGAGAAGGAACUAAAGCUGUGUGGAGUGUCUGAACUCCGGCCUCAAAAGAAGCUGAUUGGGCGAAAGGCCAUCAAGAUUGAUCUCGUUCUCGAUGAUGGUGAUGUGCUUCCAUUGGAUAUUGUUCUCGUCAACAUUAGCAAAGAUGUCGGAUUUGAUGAUCAUGAGCUAGUUCUCUUCACUGGCUGCGACACCCGUGCCGAGGCACGUUCAGUUUCAUCCAGCUUCAUUCGUGAGAAUGAGCAGGUGCGCUUGGCCGUGAGGGCCAUGAAAGCGCUCUGUAGCAACGUCAGCUCCGCAGACCACGGAACAGUUCUGCCAGGCUUUCUUUUGAACAAUUUGGCGCGGCGUUUGGUGGUCGAAGGCAGCGAUGAGAAGCUAUCGGCAUUGGAGAUCUUCAAAGCACUGACGCGUGCUAUAGCAUGCAUGGGACCCGGACACGACGUGUUCGAUCAGCCCCAUCGAAAGUGGAAUGUGAGCAGUCCGGAGGAUGGAAUUAUCCGGGACUUGGUGCUGGACACAACAGACACCAGGUCAUACUCCAAGAUAGGCCGCUUAAACAACAGCUUCAAACAAGCAAGACACAAUGUGGCCGCAAACCUGCAACAGAUCGAGCAAAACGGUGGGGCCGGGCCGGUCAAAAACAGCACUGACUCCCGGUCCGGAUGCAGCGGGUGAGGAUUCCUCGGAAUCAACGGAAAGGCCCAUGGAUUCAAUACCCCCUACCUACCGAUAGGGACUGAGCUUGUCCUGUGCCACCCUUGCUCCGUCCUUGACGCGGCCCUUGACGCAGCCGUCGCCACAGUGCUUGGAGUUAUUUGGAUCUCUGGGAUCUAGUGCUUGGAGCUUCCUUUCUGGCGAGCAUACUGUCUUGAAGUUCAGAGCAAGAAGCCAGAAGUCCAUCAACAGAUGACUUGCAAGUCAUGUUCUUUUGGCAUUUCAUGUUGUCCGCAGUAGUAUGGCUGACAUUUUGGCUGACCACUCCAGCUCCACCUCAGACUGGACUGGUGAGCUUGCCACUGGAACGACAAAGCUCAGCUCGGCUCCGC